AUUAGAUAAAGUUUUGGCUACUGGAAUCACAGACACAAACGAGCAAGAAUAUAAAAAUCAUGGACUCUGGGUUACUGUUCCUGGAUGUGUUGCUGGAAUGUUCAACAUCAUCAAACAUUUUGGCUCUGGGAAAUUAUCAAUGGCCGAAAUUCUCGCACCAGCUAUAAAGCUUGCUGAAGAAGGAGUAGCUACACCAGUUAAAAGCUCUAUUAUGUGGAAUGUAGAGAAAGAUAUGUUCCAGAAUUCUAGGAAUGCAGAAGAUAUAUUAAAUGGCUGUAAAGCUCCUACACCGGGUGAAAUACUAUAUAAUCCAAAACUAGCUAAGUGCUUGAGGGAAAUUGGCGAAACAGGACCUGAAGUAUUUUAUAAUGGGAAAAUUGCAAAAAAUAUUGUGGAAGAAGUUACAAAUGCUGGUGGCUCAUUGACUUUAGAAGACAUGAGAGGGUGUUUGAGCUCAUCGGCCACCUCUUCACCAAUUGAUGCACUUUAUGUUGACUUUCACGGCUUCAGAAUAUGGGGGAUGAAACCUAAUACAAUGGGCAUUGUAACAUUAGUUGGAUUGAAAAUACUUAAUUUAUUUGAUUUGAAAAGUUUGGAGCAUAACUCUGCAGAGUACAUUCACAUUGUAUCUGAAACAAUCAAGUACGCUUAUUUAGAAUGUUGGGACUAUCUCUGUGAUCCAGAUUAUUGUUUGAAACCAUUAGAUGAGUUAUUGUCUGCAGCUACUGCAAACAAAAUUCAAAAUGCAAUUAGUUCUGAAAGUGCUUUGAAAAGUGAACUGUUUAUAAGUACCGGUGGCAACACAUCAUAUACCGCAGUAGUAGAUGAGGAGGGUAAUGGCUGUUCUUUUAUAUUUAGUAUAUCUUCAAGAUUUGGAAGUGGAAUCAUACCAGAUGAUUGUGGAUUUGCUCUUCAUGAUAGAGGAAAAUGUAUGAGUUUGAAGAAAGAAAGUCCGAAUGCCUAUGGUCCUGGAAAGCUUCCACUUCAUACUAUAAUACCAGCUUUAAUUACUGAUCCAAGUACGGGUGAUUUGCUGGGAGUAUUUGGUGUUAUGGGUCGAUGGAUGCAACCUCAAGGCCAAAUUCAAGUUUUACUCAAUAUGGUGGUGUUUGGAAUGGAUCCACAAAUAGCAUUAAAUCAACCACGGUUCUUUAUUGGUAAUCCAAGUACUUUCAUGAAAUAUGUAGAUUCAUAUGAUAUGCUGUAUUUGGAAGAAGGCAUUUCACCAACUGUUGUCCCCCUACUUCAAAAGAAAGGUCAUGAAACUUGCAAAUUUGUUUCUGACGCUACUGGAUCAACUUUCGGAAGAGGUCAUGUUAUUGCCCACCCUGUGCUUUGGAAUAGAAGUGCAAAAGAAGAUGAGAAUAUUUGGUGGGCUGGUGCUGACCCACGUUCUGAUGGUCAUGCCAUGGGUUUAUAAAAACAGUGAAGGGGUUUUGUCUUUUCUAAAUUUCAGUAUUUAAAUAACACUUUAUUAUUAUUAAUUUAAUAAACAUGGAAACAAAACAACUUAAUAAUUAUAUAGACACUAAUUUCUUAUUUGAUUUCUUUAAAACGACAUAACAUCUAAAAAAGUUCUUCUGCCCUUAUAUAGAAGUUUGAUAAGACCUCAUUUGGUGUAUGCUGUUCAGUUUUGGUCUCCUUAUCUUAAGAAAGAUAUUAACGUAUUGGAUAGGGUUCAAAGGCAGGCUACAAGGCUAAUAAAUGAACUUUCUCACUUAGAUUAUGAUUCCAGGCUUAGAGGACUAGAAAUGUACAGUCUUGAGCAAAGAAGAGACCAAGGGGACAUGAUUCAGUUGUUUAAAUUUAUUAAAAUGAAAGAUGUUACGAGGCUGAAGUUUAGCACUGAAAACAGGACAAGGGGUCAUUGUUUUAAGCUAUUUAAAUCUCAGGCAAACAUGGAUAUUAGGAAAAAUUAUUAUUAUAGCAGGGUAGUGGAACCUUGGAACAGCUUACCGGAAGAGGUGGUAAUGAGCAAGGGAGUCGGUAGUUUUAAGAGGGCCAUUGAUCUUCACUGGGGAUUGUAAAUCGACUAGGACCAGUCUAGCUGGGCCCAGAGCCUGUUGCUGGUUGUCACUUUUGUAUUUGUAUUUUGUAACAGUACUGUGAAAUUAAAAUUCUACUUUGGAAUUGGAAUGCAACUUAAUAAGUUCAAGAAAUAAGUUUAUGGGGUCUUUGCAAACUUCAUGUAGUAUUUUUGUGAAGAUUUAUCCAAUUAUGAUUACAUUGACAUUCACAUAUAGAAAAGGCAAAAGUUUGAAUAGAAUUUGAAGACUUUGCACCAAGCACUAAUGAAAUUCAUGUGAGAUCACAUUUUUUGUUAAGUCAAGAUCAUUGUAAGCGAAAUUGCUCAAUAAUGCAUUUUAAUAACUUGAAAUUUUUAGUUUUAUAAGCAGUAAGGUUUUUAACAUGAAUAAAUUUCAAAUCAAAUGUUUAAUACCUUGAAACCAAAAAAAAAAAAAAAAAACAUCUUGUGUAUUUGAGUUGAAAUGCAAAAUAUUUUGUUAAAUGUAACAUAGUAAAUGCAAUGCAAAAAUUGGAUUGGUCGGAAAAAUAGUAACAAACUGUUUAUAAGUCUUUUUCGUAAAAGGUAAUAACUUUUUAACAUAACAAAUUCCAUAUGGAGGUAGGGAGUAAAACAUUUAUUAUAGUUGAACCUCAAAAAUACAAACAUCCUAACUGUGCUAAUCUUUGAAAUCCGGAUAGCUUUCCAAGUUUGUUCCGAAAUUUUUUUUAAAUAAGAACUUGAUGCAUUCAAUUUCCACACAAAUUUACUCAAGUAUCAGAUAUUUUAAAUAAUGCUGAAAAUAUCAGUGAAGUUAUUCAUACUGAUGAUGACAUGAAAUUUGCAAAAUUACUUUAUAUUAGUUAAGUAAAACUGAUUAAGAGAGCAAAACAGGUGAACCGUUUGGUUUGAUAAUUAUUUUUUAAAAACCAACAAAGUGUUGAUGAUAUUGUUUAAAACCGAGCUAAUGCUGUCAAAGGUCUCGAGCAAAGAGAUUUUAUAAAUGAAAUGUCUGUACAAAAAACUAUUCAGAAAAACUUAGCGACAAUGAAACACUAUCAAUUACUGAAAUGUUUUUUAAAAAAUGCUCGAAAAUACUUUUUCAGUUUCCUUAUUUUUAUUUGAGUAUAUUUAUAUGCAUCAAUUAUUUAUUUAUUAUCUUUAUUGUGCUCUAUAUUUUAAUUAAUUGGGUACUGCGUAUAUUCAUUUUUAGCAUUAAGUGUUUCUAUGAUAUUAUUCCUAUUUUGUUACUGAAGUCAUGAAUCUAGUCAUUGUUUGUUUUACAAGAGAAAUUUUUAUGUUAUGUAUGUUAUUAAUUCGCUCAAAAGCAUCACUUUUUAAUAGAUCUGCAAAAUCUUAAUAACGCAAAUGUCCUGAUGCACUGUCAUUCCUUCAAUUCUAGAUUUAAGAUUUAACUGUGAUUAAUUUAGCAGAAAAGAAAAAUUCAUGUACUGUAAAGAAAUGUAUAUUAUGUUCGUGUUUUCUGACUCAUAAUCUUCACUACAACUCGGAGGCUACACUUGCCAGCCCCGUUCUUCGCAUAUGGGGACUCAAUGUUGCCUGCGCUGGGUAAUAAUAUUGAUAAUUUUAAUGCUUUUCCGUUUGGAUGUAUGGCCCCUUAAGGUUUAGAGGUGUGAGACAGGCGGAAUGACUUACCCUGGAUGUCCCGUAUCCAACGGUAAGUUUAUUGACCUAGUAGACGUUUACUGUCCAGAGGAAAUAGGGAUACAGACACACACACACAGAGGCCUACAGGUUUUAAUGGUAUAGAUUACUUAAAAUAUUUAACUUGAUUAUUUUACUUUUAAUUUAAUUACUGAACAGUGUUAACUUAGUAAAAAAAAAAAAAAACUAAUUUCUGCUCAAUCAAUUACACUUGUUGCAUCAUGGAGUAUAUGUUUCUGGAGUAUAUCUGCUGCAUGUUGUAUAUAUGCUUUUAGACUAUGACUAGAUUUUAAGAUUUUAAGCAAUAUGCAAAGUAUUUUUAGCAUAUUUUUAUAAUUACUUUAGUAAUCUCCUAUGCUCUGUGGCAGUGCAAUUCAUAAUAAACCCUAAAACAGUAUCAUUGUAAAAUUGAAGUUGUAUCAGAUGAACAUGUUUGUAAAAAAUAUAUAAAUUUAUAAAAAUAAAUAUUCUAAAUUUUUCAUGUAUUCUCUUAUUUUAUAAUAUAAAUUUAUGUAAUUUUACAGUAAUCCCUAA